CAACUAUACUAUACAGCUAGCAGCUAAUCUAUUAUUGGAAAAAUUACACAACUCAAGUUCAUGGUUGAAAAUCUCUCAUUCAUAUAAAUAGUCUGUUACAUAUCUGUAUCCUGUAUUCCAUAUUCUGCAUUAUAAUGUCGUUAUUGAGUGGUGACAAUACCGAGGAAAAAAUUUUUUCCUUAUAUAAUGCUCAAAAGUGGAGAGAAAUCACUGCUCUAUCUUGUACAACUAAUGAUCUCAGAAGAUUAUCAUGGGUAUUGCCAGAUAUAGAUGAUCUGUAUUGGAUGAAUAAUAUUAUACAAAAGUAUAAUUUAUUUGGAAUUGCAAGUAUUGGUUGUGGUUGUGGAUUACUAGAAUGGUUAUUACAAAAAUAUUCAGGAUUAGACAUUAUAGGUAUAGAAUUGGAUAGUUCCUGGUGGAAUAGCAAAUAUGCUCCACCCAAAUUCUUGAAAAAUAUUAUUUUUGUUGAGAAGGCGUCAACAAAAAUUCAAAUACCAAAACGAUAUGCUAUGUUAUUUUGCUACUUUAAUAAUAAUACUGCAUUCUGUAAUUAUAUAGAAAAUUAUAAAGGCCGUUUAAUUCUCGUUAUCGGACCUAUGCAAGGACAUAAUUGUACAACAGAUCCACUACCAUUUGAUAAAAAAUUUGAACAGUAUAAUUGGAAAUUAGUAGAUAAGAAAAAACUUAUACGUUCCAACGAUUAUAUUACUGCAUACAUUAAACAAUAAAUAUUAUAAUACGAAAAAAAUAAAGACUAUAUAAAUUAUGAAAUUGAGUAGCACUAUUUUUAGCUAUGCAAAAGGAAUAAAUUCAAAAAAUUGUAUAAGAAAAUAUGUAAACACAUAAUUUGCUACUCAAUUUGUAUCUGCGCGCGCAGCGGUUCCUUGAUCGUUAUUGGUCGCUGUGGGGUAUUAUGGUCGCUUAUGGGAUAAUGUCAAUGGCGAAUAAAAAUAUGAUAAAUUAUAUAUUUAAUGUAUAUAAUAUUUAAUUAAUAUAGUAGUAAGUUAAUAUAGUAGUAGAAUAAAGUUAAUGUAAUGUAAUGUAAUAUAAGAUA